AUGGCCUCAAUUCUCACAAAACUCACGCCCCGCGCGACAGGCAAAAUAGCCCAAGUCACAAUCUCCCGGCCCGCAAAACUAAACGCCCUCAACAGCGCCCUCCUCGCAGCCCUUCCCCAAACCCUGUCAUCACUCACGGCCAGACACCCAGAUCUCUUAGCCGUCAUCCUCACAGGCGCAGGACCCAAGGCUUUCGUCGGCGGCGCGGAUCUAGCCGAGAUGGCGGCGCUGGAAUCGCCGGCCUCGGCGCGGGCAUUCAUCACCCGUGUCCAUGGUGCGUGUGAUGCUGUGCGCGAGUGUCCGGUGCCUGUUAUUGCGCGGGUUAAUGGCUUUGCGCUGGGUGCGGGAUUGGAAUUGGCGGCGAGUUGUGAUUUGAGGGUUGCGAGGGAGGGGGCGGUUUUUGGGAUGCCCGAGGUUCGAGUUGGCAUCCCCAGCGUCGUAGAGGCAGCCCUCCUGCCCAACCUUAUAGGCUGGGGCCGAACACGACAACUCCUAUUGCUAGGAGAAAACAUCAGCGCCUCAGACGCGCUGCGCUGGGGCCUGGUGGAGAAAGUGGUUUCUGACAGCGAAACAGACCUUGACGAGGCCGUGGAGGAAUGGGUUCAGGCUCUGGAGAAGAACGGGCCGUUGGCUGUGAGGAGGCAGAAGGCGCUUAUGCGGAGGUGGGAGGCCUUGUCGGGUCUGGAUGAGAGUGUUACGGCGGGUGUUAAUGCGUUUGGAGAGGCUUUUGAGGUCAACGCUGGGAAUGGGGAGACGCAGACGGAGCCGGGGAGGAUGAUGGGAGAGUUUUUUAGGAGGAAAGAGAUGGCAGCGAAGGGGAAGUUGUAA